CGUAUGGGCUUGUUUUGACAACCCCACUAAGGAGGAAUAACUUCAUCUCCAAGUCUUCCCAAAAAGCGCUUCGUCUUCUUUCUCUCUCCCUUCCAAUAAUCCAACCUUAUAAACUGCAUUCUUUCUCCACCCACUUUUAUACCCAUACCCAAACUCAAACUCAAACCCAAAACCUCAUUUAUAUAGCCUUCAAGAGGACACAGAAUCUAUUGCCAAAGAGCCUUUUUCAUUUCUCCGAACUUUUGACUCCUCAUAAACGCUUCAAGCUUUCUAGGGAGAGGGAGAGAUUUGUGUAUAUCCAGCUCAAUUUGUGAGGAUGGUGAAGAUGACAGUAGUUGGAAGGGUGAGUGAUGGGCUGCCUAUUGCACAAGGUCCGAGGUACGUUAGUGAAGAAGAUGACAAUAUCUCAUCUUACAUGCAACAGGCAGAGUUCAUACUCGAAGAAAUCUCAAGAUCAGGAUCAUUGGCUCCUUCUAAAAUGAUCAUCCCAGUCGAUGAUAACCAUUGCUUCCACUAUAUGGUUGAGAGCGGAGUUUGCUUCAUCGCAUUGUGUGAUCAUUCAUAUCCAAGAAAACUAGCUUCCUAUUAUCUAGAAGAUUUGGUGAAGGAGUUUGAGAAGUUCGACAAGAGCCUCAUAAACAAAAUCACAAAACCGUAUAGCUUUGUCAGAUUCGAUGGGAUUAUUGGAAAUAUCAGAAGGCAAUACAUUGAUACAAGAACACAGUCUAAUCUGUCGAAGCUUAAUGCUCAUCGUCAACAAGAUUUGGAUGUCAUUACCCAAGCCUUGUCCACAAUACUAGAAAGAAGGCAACAAUUGGAUACGUUGGAAAAACUGGAAAAAGCAAUUGCAGCUCCUCGUACAGUUUCCCCAAUAUGGUGCUCCCGCUUCCUUGAGGAAAUUGCAUUGAAAUGGACACCCAUUGCAACCAUCGCAUUAGUCGGCGUGGUACUUUUUUGGAGCAGAUUGUUACUCACUGAUGGCUUCACAGUAUUGACUUUCUAAAAUCCCUUACAAUGUACAGGAAUUUAGAAAUUCUUCUUUGGGGACACUGUAUUUGUUUUGAAUUGUCCUUUGUAGUCUUGUAGGUAUCUGGAAAAACCCAUUCUUCCA